AUUGGAAGUUCUACUGGUCUCUCUGAACAUCUACCCCAGGAACUGUAGCCUUGUCUGUCAAUGAAGAUUAAUAAAUACCACUUUUGGGAGCCAGUUUGCACAGCCUUUUCCCCUCCUAUUUUCUAAUCUCCCACAGAAAUCAAUACACAACAAACAUGAUGGAUCACAACUCUUCUUGUUAUGGUGACAAGUUCCAAGUGCAGUUAUUGCCUUCAAUGUACGGUGUUGAGUUCUGCGUGGCGUUGGUUGGUAACCUGUUUGCCCUGAGGCUCCUAGUGACCAGCGAUAGGAACAGCUGGCACACUGGUGUGGUGCUGUCCUGUAACCUGGCCAUCAGUGACCUGCUCUAUGUCCUCACCCUGCCCCUGCUCAUAGUCUACUACAGGCAGGACAAGAACUGGCAGUUUGGGAUCGCGGUCUGUAAGAUAGAACGCUUCCUCUUCACCUGCAACCUGUAUGUCAGCAUCUACUUCAUCAUGUGUAUCAGUGUGAACCGCUAUGUGGCCAUUGUGUACCCCUUCUUCAGCCGGAACCAUGUGAACCCCGCCAAAGUCAAGGCUGCCAGUGUCAUCAUCUGGAUCUUUGUGACAGCCAUCUCAACUCCUGUGUUGAAGUUUGCCUCCACAUGUCCAGACGGAAGCAACAAAACCUGUUGUGUAUCCUACUCCUAUUGCACCAACAGUGAUGCAGUUGCAUACUCUCACUUGUUUUACAAAGUCUUUCUGUCUGUGGUUGGGUGUUUUAUUCCCUUCCUGGUCACAUUUGCAUCAUACUGCGCAGUGUUGAGGGUGGUGUGGAGGAAUGUGAAUAUAACCUCCCUGGAGAAACGGAAGGUGGCCCUGAUGGUGUUUGUGGUGGUUGUGCUGUAUGCCAUUUCCUUUGUGCCUUAUCACCUCCUCCAGAGCUACUAUUUCUACCAGAAGGUUCACAAACCUGACUCUGUCUGCAACUGGGUGUACAAGGCCUACCAAGUGUCCAAGGGCCUGGCUACACUGAACAUGUGCAUCCAUCCACUGCUCUACAUGGCUGUGUUUGAUAACAUCAGAGUGGCCUGCUGUGGAAGGAGCUCAGCAGAUAUGGAAAUGAAUAAGACAUGAAUAAAAUGAUGCUCUCUCUGUUCUUUGGAUGCUUGCACUUAUGGUGUUUCUGAUAAGCAAGUGUGCACUUCCUUCCAAUGUUCUGAUGUAAGAUGUUUUUAAUGGUCAUGUUUCUUUUCAAUGAAGUCUAAACUA